AGAAGUAGAUAAUCCAGAUGACCACGGUCUCUGCGAUCUGAGCUGCAAAUUCAGCUCAGCCUCAGGAGGAGCCCUGGGCAGAUGCUGUCGCAGUAGGCUGCUGUGUGACCGGUGGGACCUUGCUGGAAGGAGCCACAAGGGGCAAAGCCAGAGCCCACAGCCCCUUGCUGCCACUCACCGCUCUGGGCUGGAGAUCUCCCAGCAGUCUCGUUCAUCUCCACUGGACAGGUUUGUGUACCCCCACGGAGCGACUUGCUGCAGCCAUGGACCUGCCAGGACUGCCAGGCUGCAGAGCCUGAUCUGCUGCCUGCCUGGUGCCAGGCUCUUGGGAACAAAGCAGGGGCUCUGCAGGGACAGGGACAGUGGGACCAGGCUGUGUUGAUGGCAAGGCACUGCUGAAUGCAAAAGUUUCUGUCCUCCAUCCUGGUUUUGUACCCUCUGUCUGCUCAUCGUCAUGCUUUGUAGGGGCUUUUACUUCUGUGCCCUGCUACAGGAGCCUUGGCUGUGGGCUCUGUUGAGGAAAGACCUCGUGUUUGGCUAAGUAAAGCACUCAACAAUAAAAUAUAGACCCGUGUGCCCAAGGGCAGGGGAAGGUCCUCAAGGAGGGGAAUGGCAUCAGGGCGAUGGGCCACUGGGCUCUAUCUGUUGAGUGUCAGCCCAAAGGAAGGGUCUUCUCAUCUGCCUGGGUCUCCCCUUUCUGAAAUGAAGAGGUGAAGAAUUCAUCUGCCUGAAGAAUUCACCUGCAUUUUGAGAUACCAGUGAGCUGGGAAAGCAAUGGGGGUAAGGGGCAGGGGGAAAGCUCCGCUGCUCGGGGUUAUCACUGCUGCACAGCACCCAGGCUCGGCUGGAUGUGCUCACCUGUGGGAUUGAUCUGGCCCUGCCAGUGCAAGCCCUGAGCAUUCUCAUGCUCAGGCCAGGCGACCUGCUCACUCUAGGAAGUGUGUCUCAGCAAAUCCUUCUCUAAAAAGAAGCACAAGUGGCCAACCCUUGUGCCUGGAAACUCUUGGAGAGGGACAGCAAACAGGCAUGGGGAAGAGAGGAAAUCACAGGGAAGAUAUUUUAAAGAAAGGCAGAGGAUAUAUAAGAAUAUAAGGUGACAAUGCCACUCCACCUUUCGGCAUGUCUGGUGUCUUCCUGGUGCUGGUGGUGUGAACUUAGGAUGUGUUAAUUGUCAUUAAUUGGUGCUAAUCAUGCAUACCACAGCUUGUGUUGCUAGGUAUUUGUGUUACAGGAAAAACAGCAUGGGAAUUUGGGGCUAUUCUCCUACAGUGACUCAUGAUUUCUCAGCAGUUCUGAUCUUGGGUCAGGUCUGGGCAGGAGGUUUUUGCCCCAAGAGAAGAAAACCCAUCCCUGGAGCUUCAAGGACGUUUGAAAUCCUGACCUGGUGGUGACCAUUGGCCAUUUCCAAAGCCUCAUCCCACCGUGGCACAGCACAGGUUCCUACUUCAAAGCUGCAGAUGGGCUCUCUCAGCCCUCCCUGGCUGCUCCCUGGACCUGGGGCCGCAUCCUGCACUCUCAGCAGAUGGGCAUGAGACUGAGCCAGCCCUGCCCCGAGGCUGGGAGAUGCUGUUUGCUGGCUGACUUCUCAGGGCUUAAGAGAUUUGCAGACCCCAAGGACCUGCCUUAUUCCUCAUGGUACAUCAGGGUCCCCGGGCAUGGGGGGACUAACAGCGGCUGCCUGCCCACAGCCUGGUCCUCUGUAGUGCUGAGCAUCGAGUCUGACUCCACAUAAGCUCAUUAGGGGAAGGAAGCAGCUUUAGAGGAUGUGAUGGAUUUGAGCAAAGGAGUCGGGCAGGGAAAGGGGCAUGGGAGUAAUGGCUGGGGGGAAAGUGGGGCUGCUAAGGGGGGCAGAAGGGAUGGGGGUCCUGGGCAGAGUGGCUUCCCUGCAUCAUCAAAUAUGAUGCUACAGGGGUUCCUUGUCAGCCAUCCUGGUUUAGCCUGGUGCUGUGCCACCCAGGAAGGCAUGGGGGAUCCCCCAUCUACAUGGAGGUCCCAAGUGCCACCACCCUGCCCUGAGCCUCCUGCCAGGGAGAUGCUGAGACUCGGGUCUGCUCCGCUCUGCAGACGCCGGGCACGGAGGGAGCAGUCGUGGUCUCUCCCAGCUCUGGGUAACAGCUCUCAACUCCAAAGUGCGGGUGCAGGAUCCAGCCCCACACCAAAAUCAGAGGUCGCCUGGCCACCUGCAAACCGUUCAGCCCGCCCCGGCCCGCGCAGGGAGCUCCCAGCCGUUCUCAUGCAUGUCCUUUAAAGGCCUUCUCGCAUCGAGCUCUCCUCUGGCAGAUCCUUCUGCUGCAGAUGCAGUCGCUCUCCCCUCCAGGGAGAAUCUGCUGCCGGCAGCUUUCACCGUGUGGGGCCUCGGCACCCCCCAACCCUCCAUCUGCCAGCCACGACGCAUCCCCUGGCCCCCCUCCCAGGUCUGCCCGGGACCUGACAGCACCGAGUGCCAGGUCUGAGCUGGGUGGCCCCAGCAUCUGCCUUCGGCUGCUUGAGACAAGUUCAGGCAGAUGCCUCCACGCUAAGCAGAGGAGCUUGGAGCUCCUGCUGGGUGUGCUGGUCCUGGAGCCUCCGCGCUUUGCAAAUGAAGCCGCUCGCAGGGACCUCGCUGGGAGAGGGGUAGAGGAGGCACAGGGACUCGCUCAGGGGUGCCGCCGGCAGCAGCGGCAGAGGACGAGCUGCCGACCCAGCCCCUCGCCUCGGAGGGAACAGCAGGCAGAGCUGGCCGGGCUCCCUGCAUCUCCGGAUGAAGGGAGGAUGAGUAGUCCCCAGGAGCACCCAGAUGGGGUUUUGGCCAGGAGCAAGCAGAGCGUGGAGCAUGUCGGCGAGGUGAGAGGGACAGGAGGGCAACAGGUGCCAGGCAUGGACAGGCAGGAGCUGGCUGUGCGCACCAGGGAGAGUGAUGGGACCGAGGAAGAUGCAGAAACCCCGGAGGAGCUGCUGCUGAGUCUUCCCAGCGAGCUCUCCAUGCUGGAGAGACUGGGCUUGCACAGGGUGGCUUUGACGGAGCAGGACGUGGAGGCAGCUUUUGCCCACCUAGCCCUGGCUUUUCGCUGCGAUGUGUUUACCCUGCGGCAACGGAUGCAGGUGGAGAAACGGGCCAGGGACGCGGCAGAGGAAAACAUCCAGGAGGAACUGGGGCAGUGCCGGGCUGCCCUGGAGAGGCUGGGCCCUUCCUGCACUGACAUGGGCUGCAAGGAGACGUUGGAGCAGCUGCAGUGCAGCCUGACUGUGCUGGCGGCCGCUGUCGAGCGGGCAACCACUGCCGCUGAGAAGCUGGGGGCUGUACAUCAGGAGGCCCGGAUGAGCCGCGCGGCGGAGGUGAUGGUCCAGCACGUGGAGAACCUGAAGCGGCACCACAUGCGGGAACACGCGGAGCUGGAGGAGAUGAAGCGCCUGAUCCAGCAAAACUCCCGCAACCGGCAGCUGGCGGAGACCCAGGAUGACACAGAGCCACGGCUGAGGCCUCACCCCCUGAUGCGAACUUUCCAGCAGGGGUCUGUGCGCCGCAGAGUCAGCAUCGCCGUCAUCCCCAAGCAGCUCUUGGUGCCGGUCCUGACAGCCGAACAGCCCUGGCCAGCGAGCUGGAGAGGGAGGGGGCCCAGCGCCGGCCCAGCACCCAGAGGAGUGAGCUGGAGCCGCAGGGCCAGGGCAGCGCUGUGACCGGGGAGCUGGUGGCAGAGGCAGAUGGCAGAGGCUCCAGUGCAGGGGACGAGGAGCUGGAGCAGCUUGGGCUGACGUGAGCAGCACCCUGCAUGUGCCCAGCAUUCCCCCCUGACACGGCUGCUGGACUCUCUGUGGUCCCACAGUGGCCAGCAUUUAGGAACCGGGCUUGGGGAUUUGGUGAUGGAAGCCUGGGAUGUUGCUUGGCUGCCCCAUCUCAACUCUGCCUCAGUUUCCCCGGUGCACUGCAGGUCACCAGUGCCCUUCCCAGGCUUGUUGCAUUUGGGUUUGCAAAACAACCUGUGAAGUUUGGGGUUAAACACCCUCCUCAUCCCCAGCGGGGGCAGAGGUGGGAUUUGCUCUCCCCCCGGAAUGAUGAGUGUCCAUGGUUGCCUUCUCCCCAGGUCCAAGGGGUCCCCGGCGGAGCUGUGGCGGCCAUGGCUCUUCCUCCCGCAGCACUACUGGCUUUUUUUCUGGCUGCUUCUCCUGAGCAUCGCCUUCCUCCUCCUCAUCCGUGUCCUGG